AUGCGCUCUACUGUAGCGACCGCGGCAGCGCUUUUGCUGCCUUCGACAUCAUGGGCAUUCCUGAACGCGAGCCAGAACAACCGCAGUCUGACCAUCUCCAAUGAUCGGCUCGUCGCGUCAGUGAGCAAGACAAGAGGAUAUGUCAAUGUACUUACUCUUGACGGCCAGAACCUUCUCGGAACGGAAGAUGGCAACACCGGAGUUGGUCCAUAUCUCGACUGUUACUGCACUCCAAGUGGCUUUUGGACACCCGGUCGUGGAAGCAAUGUUCAGUACCAGCUGUUCAGCGGCAAUGACUCCGCUGGUACCCCAUAUGGUGGUAUCAGCAUGGGUGAGACCUACGCUCCAACUGGGCAGAGGCUGGAGCAAUACUGGUUUCUAAGGGAAGGAGAAACUGGUCUGCACACCUUCAGCCGCGUAGUGUACAACAACAAGACCACUCCCUUCUUGCGCAAUUUACAAGAGUUCCGUACGAUGUUCAGGCCCAACCAUGAACCCGCACUCUUCACACACUUCGUUACCAACGAGAAGUUUGCUGCACCUCGCCCAGAUACCGAGGGUCAGGUUACUGUCCAGGAUGCUACAUGGUAUCUGCCCAACAAAGAAAGUCCGUAUGUCGAGGGAGUAGGAGACUACUUCACCAAGUACACUUUCCAAGAUACAUGGCGCGAUCACAAAGCCCAUGGCAUGUACGCCGACGGUACUGGGAGUGCCAAUGGCUCGUCUUACGGCGCAUGGCUCGUCCACAACACCAUUGAGACCUACUUCAACGGCCCUGUUCAUUCUGAUCUCGUUGUCGACGGCAUCGUGUACAACUACAUGGUCUCCAACCACCACGGCAUCCAAACACCCAACAUUACCGAUGGCUUCGAUCGUACUUUUGGACCCCAGUACUUCCACUUCAACUCUGGCGGUUCGCUCGAAGAACUCCGAGAGGACGCAGAGCAGUACGGCCUCCGUCCAGAGUGGAACGCUGAGUUCUACGACUCCAUAGCAAAACACGUACCGAACCUCGUCCCAACAUCCGGUCGUGGUACCUUUAAUGCAAAGAUCAACCUGCCUACCGGAGCCAAGAACCCCAUCGCUAUCCUCACAGAAAGCGGCCACAACUUCCAAGACAAUGUCUUUGACACCAAAGCGUACCAGUACUGGGAGGACAUUUCCCCGGACGGCGAAGUCACCAUUACCCGCGUAAAGGCAGGAAACUACCGUCUCACAGUCUACGCCGAUGGUAUCUUUGGCGACUACUACCAAGACGACGUGGCUGUCUCCGCCGGAGAAGAAACUUCCAUAACAGCGACAUGGACCCCCGAGUCAGCUGGCAAAGAACUCUUUCGCAUCGGUGUUCCUGAUAAAUCCUCGGGUGAAUACCGCCACGGCUACGCUCAAUCACCCACAAACCCCCUCCUCACAGAAGAAUACCGUCUCUACUGGGGUGCCUACGAUUUCGUCGAUGAGUUCCCCGAGGGUGUGACGUACAAAGUCGGUCGUGACGACGAAUCCCAGGCACUCAAUUACGUCCACUGGGCUGUCUAUGGUGGAAAGGCAAACUACGAGCGUCCUGUGCCUGUGCCCGAUCAUCCGUACAACUGGACUAUCCUGUUUGAUGCGCAAGCAAAGGAAUUGAGCAACAAGACUACUGCUACCUUUACCGUGCAACUCGCUGGUGCGAAGACGGCGGCAGGAAAUACGGAUAUCUUCAAUGCGAGCGAGCCGUAUUCAAAUCUUCCUUAUACCGUUAAUGUGAAUGGAGAGGAUCUUGAGCCGUGGAUCAUCCCAUACAACCAAUCCUCAUCCUGCGCCGUUCGCUCAGCGGUCAUCUGCUACAACCUCGCUCACAAAUUCCUUUUCCCGACUUCUAUGCUGAAGGACGGUGAGAACAGUUUGAUUCUCAGUUUACCGUACAACGGUACAAACUACGAGAGUGCGUUGUUGCCAGAGUCGGUAUAUGUACAGUACGAUGCGUUGAGACUAGAGGUGAAGUAG